AUGUUAAAAAGACAAGAAAUAACGUGCGAGAUGAGAGAAAGGCAACAACCGAAACGAGAUUCUGAAAUUGCUCAACAGAAAGAACUAUUGAUUGAAUAUCGUUUUCAUUUGGUGACGGAUUUCGAUUACCUGCUUAAUCAUAAUUCACCUGUUUAUGUUUCACAAACAAAUGAAAAUUAA